UAUAUAAUUAUAAAUGAUGGGCGUAAAUCCAUCGCUUCCCUCGUUAUUGUUGUUGUUAUUAUUAUUAUUAUUAUUCAGUUCCCUCAAACUCAAGGUCAAUCAUUUUCUCCCACGCUUCUCCGAAAUCAAAAUCCCCUCUCGGUCACUGUUCGAGAGGCUUCUGUGUCUUCUUCUUCUUCCCUUUCUUCUCUCGCUUUGCCCUUGCUAUGGCUUCUGAUUUGGAGACCAAAGCCAAAGAAGCCUUCAUCGAUGAUCACUUUGAACUCGCGCUCGAUCUUUACUCUCAAGCCAUUCAACUUAACCCUAAAAAUGCUGAACUCUACGCUGACCGCGCUCAAGCCAACAUCAAACUCAAUAAUCUCACUGAGGCUGUCGCGGAUGCAAACAAAGCAAUUGAGUUGGAUCCUUCCAUGUCUAAAGCUUACUUGCGUAAAGCUACGGCAUGUAUGAAGCUUGAGGAGUAUCAAACUGCUAAGGCUGCGUUGGAGACUGGUGCCACUUUGGCACCGGGAGAGUUGAGAUUUUCUAAGUUGAUCAAAGAAUGUGAAGAGCGCAUUGCAGAGGAAACUGAUGAGCUACCAAAGCAGAUGCUGAAAGAGGUGACAACAAAUUCUGUACCUGCAAAAGAAGUUGAGCCGGUCAAGGAUGCUCCUGUUCCAAUGGCUGUGGUAGCACCACCCAAACCAAUUUACAGGCAUGAAUUUUACCAGAAACCUGAGGAAGUGGUUGUCACAGUAUUUGCCAAGGGAAUACCACGUGAAUGUGUUAAAGUAGAUUAUGGCGAACAAAUACUAAGUCUUUCCAUUGAAGCUCCUGGGAAAGAUGCAUAUCAUUUCCAGCUCCGAUUAUUUAGAAAGAUAAUACCUGAAAAGUGCAGAUAUGAUGUGUUGUCAACCAAAAUUGAGAUUCGGCUGGCAAAAGCUGAACCAAUUCAUUGGGCAUCUCUUGAAUUCAGCAGGGAAGUUGCUGUUCCCCAAAGGGUUAAUGUAUCUUCAGUAAGUGCAAAUCAAAGACCAGUGUAUCCAUCCUCCAAACCGAAGAGGGUUGAUUGGGAUAAAAUUGAAGCUCAAGUAAAGAAGGAGGAGAAAGAUGAAAAGUUGGAUGGUGAUGCAGCUUUGAAUAAGUUUUUCCGGGACAUUUAUCAAGAUGCUGAUGAGGAUACAAGAAGAGCCAUGCAAAAGUCUUUUGUGGAGUCUAAUGGGACAGUGCUUUCAACAAACUGGAAAGAAGUUGGUGCAAAGAAGGUGGAAGGAAGUCCUCCAGAUGGUAUGGAAGUGAAGAAGUGGGAGUACUAGGCUCUUUGUUCCCAAUGGAGAAGAUUGUAGCUUGGACUGCGGUUUUGUUAUUUUGGUCUAACAUUAAACUUCACCGGCGCAUUGUUGGAACAUUGAAGCUAUGCAAUGAAAGAAUGGCUACUUCAUAA